UGAACAAUGCAUGUCUAAUACCUCCAUAACUCCUGCAGGCAUCUUUCUGGAUCUAUACGGCAGAGUUUAAUCUUACAGGACCGAAGCAAGAAUCUUCCUGCCCUGUGCAACCUCCUUUACACAAUUGUGAUGGAUGCCGUAGAAAGGGCAAAUGCAGAGAAACAGAAACGUUGGGUAAAGGAUCAGAAAGUCGGCGAAGGUACCUAUGCUGUGGUAUACAGAGGUCGCGAAGCCGCUACCGGUCGACGAGUCGCAAUAAAGAAAAUAAAGGUUGGACAGUUCAAGGAUGGCCUGGACAUGUCUGCCAUCCGAGAAGUGAAAUACCUUCGCGAAUUACACCACCAGAACGUUAUUGAGCUUCUGGACGUGUUCUCGUCGAAAACGAAUCUUAACUUGGUCCUUGAAUUUCUCGACAGCGACCUCGAAAUGAUUAUCAAAGACCGAUCACUCGUCUUCCUUCCCGCAGACAUCAAAUCUUGGAUGGCAAUGACAAUCCGCGGCCUUGAAUUCUGCCACAGGAACUUCAUAUUACACAGGGACUUGAAACCAAACAACUUGCUUGUUGCAUCCGAUGGACAACUCAAGAUCGCAGAUUUCGGUCUUGCACGCGACUUUGCAGACCCAGGAUACAAAAUGACUUCUCAAGUCAUUACACGAUGGUACCGACCUCCUGAACUCCUGUUUGGUUGUCGGUAUUACAGCAGUGCGGUUGAUAUCUGGUCUGUGGGCUGUAUUUUCGCCGAGCUGAUGCUCCGUACACCCUACCUCCCCGGCGAAACUGACAUGGACCAAUUGAGGACGAUCUUCCGUGCAUUGGGUACACCCACUGAAGAAGAAUGGCCAGGUUAUACGAAGCUGCCGGAUUAUAUUCCUGUUGGACAGUUCCCUAAAACACCUUUGCGCGACCUCUUUACUGCGGCCUCAGGGGACGCACUCAAUCUGCUCAGUAGAUGCCUCAUUUACGAGCCACGUCGACGAAUAACGGCUCUCGAGGCCCUUCAUCACCCGUAUUUUACAGGCUUGCCAUACCCCACCCACCCAUCAAAACUACCAAGACCAGCUUCACGAGCCUCUCGGCCUCUCGAGGAGGUUGAUGGAAACGUUGACAUGGUAGACACUGGACCUGGCGUGAAAGCGAUGGCAUCCAACCGGCUUAAACGAAAGCUUUCGUCUCCGGUGGAUGGUGUGCGACCGCUUGCCCGACGGCUGGAUUUCACACAGCACAAAGGUUCAUGAUGCAAUACUUCUUAUAAGAUGUGAUUGAAAGGGACCUCCGACGGCCACUUGGCUCUCUUUCGAUUUAAGCUGUGUACUCGCUAGCAAGUGAUGACAAGU